AUGUUGAUGAGGCCACUUCCAGAUGUUAAUGAAGCCUACUCUAUGAUUGCUCAACAAGAGAGACAAUUCCACAUGGCCUACAAUGGUUUUGGGAGUCAGUUAUACCAAGCAAGGGAAAGUAGUACUGCUGCUAGUGCCCUUCUGGCCAGAACAAAUACUAACCAUCAGCAAGGAUUCAAGAAAGCAUCAGGGUUCAACAAGAAACCUGUGUGUACAUAUUGUGGGUUCACAAGUCAUACUCAGGACAAGUGUUAUAAACAGCAUGGAUAUCCUCCCGGAUGGAAACCAAGGCCAAGAAACCAAUCUGUGAACCAGAUCCAAUGUCCACCAGCAACACAGCAUCAGAAAUCUGAUGGGAAUAUGGCAUUCACUCAAGAUGAUGUGAAAACAUUCAUGGAGUUCAUACAUGCCAAGAAAUCAGUUGGAGAGAGUCUCAACUCACCUCUGGACCUCAAGCAGCCCUCACACGCUCUUGUCAACACUGUGGCAGUGGAAUUCCAUAAUGAAGGUAUGCCUCCUUUAGUAAGUUCUAUUAAACAUGGUAGAACAGAUUGGAUUAUUGAUAGUGGUGCUACACACCAUAUUGUGUGUGAUUUAGAGCUGUUAAACAAUCAGAAAAGGGCACAAAAUAUGUAUGUUAGCAUGCCAAAUGGGCAGCAGGCUGCCAUUGAUUUUACAGGAUCAGUUUACCUAUCUGAUGAUUUGAUUCUACACAAUGCUCUCUACAUCCCUGAGUUCCAUUACAACUUGAUUUUUGUGAGCUCUUUCAUUAAACACUCUAACCACACUGUGAAGAUGUACUCUGAUCAAUGCAUUAUACAGGAUGUUCCCCAUGGCAAAAUGAUUGGAAGAGCUGAGCUGAGAAAUGGACUGUAUUACUUAGUUUUUCCCAUUCCUGCACAUCCUGUAUGUAGUUCUAUUUCAGUUGCAAAUAAAUAUAUAUGGGGUUCUUAUAAAGUGCCCACUACUCAUGGCCAUCAUUACUUUCUCACAAUUUUGGAUGAUCACAGUAGAGCUGUAUGGAUAUAUCUGAUGAAGUCCAAAGCAGAAGUUAGAGGACUGAUCAUUGAAUUUUGCAAUCUUAUUGGGAACCAGUUUGGGGAAAACAUAAAAUGUAUCAGAUCAGAUAAUGGAUUGGAAUUUAAGAUGGUGGAAUUCUUCAAGCAGAAGGGGAUCAUACAUCAGACCUCCUGCACUUACACACCUAAACAAAACAGUAGAGUGAAGAGGAAACAUGCCUAUAUAAUCAAUAGACUUCCAUCUGCUGCCAUCAAUAACCAAGUUCCAUAUCAGGUUCUAAUUAAGAGGACCCCAUCCUAUCAACACUUGAGGGUUUUUGGAUGCCUACCAUAUGCCACCAUUGUUGGGCCCAAGACAAAGAUGGAAUCCAGAGUCAAGAAAUGCAUUUUUCUUGGCUAUGCAGGUGGAACAAAAGGAUACAAGGUGUAUGACCUUGCCUUCAAAGAGUUAUUCAUAUCUAGGGAUGUUGUUUUCCAUGAGCUGGUAUUUCCCUUUCAACACUCUAUAACUCUAGAAGUAGGAUCUGAAAUCAUACUUCUUACUAUGAUUCCUGCAUCUCUUGAGGACCAUGAGGUGCCUCAUACUCAAGGUCAAGCUAGUAGAGAAAGUGAAAAAGCUUGGCCUCAUCAGGAUCUCACUCCUCAACAGUCACCAGCUAGGGAGAGUGAUCACAACCAAUCUCAUCCAGCACAACCACCAAGUGAGAUGCAAAGUCCAGCAAGCAGUUGUACGUGA